AUGUUGCGCCGGCCAGGAGCUGCCUUCCUGCUGCUGCACCUGGUCCUGCAGCCUUGGCCCUGGGCCGACGCCCAAGCCACCCCGCAGGUCUUGGAUCUUCUGCCCUCUUCCAGCCAGAGGCUGAACCCAGCCAUUCUGCAGCCAAUCCUGACUGACCCCACCCUGAACGAGCUCUAUGUCACCUGCACCUUCCUGCUGCAGACAAAGAGCACAGCUACCAUCUUUGGCCUUUACUCUGCAACUGACAACAGCAAAUAUUUUGAAUUGACUGUGAUGGGACGCUUAAACAAAGCCAUCCUCCGUUACCGAAAGGCCGAUGGGAAGAUCCACUUGGUGGUUUUCAACGACCUGCAGUUGGCUGACGGGAAGCGGCACCGGAUCCUUCUGAGACUGACCAAUUUACGGCAGGGGGCUGGCUCCGUAGAGCUCUACGUAGACUGCACGCAAGUGGAUUCUGUUCGCAAUCUCCCCAGAGCCUUCUCCAGCCUCCCACAGAAUCCUGAGUCCGUUGAAUUGAGGGUUUUCCAGCGGAGGGCACAGGACUCUUUGGAAGAACUGAAGCUGGUGGUGAGAGGCUCUCUGAUCCAGGUGGCUAGCCUGCAAGACUGCUUCCUGCAGCAGAGUGAGCCGCUGGCGACCACCACCACAGGGGACUUUAAUCGACAGUUCUUGGGGCAAAUGACACAAUUGAACCACCUGCUGGCAGAGGUGAAGGAUCUUCUGAGGCAGCAGGUCAAGGAAACAUCGUUAUUGCGCAACACCAUAGCUGAGUGCCAGGCUUGUGGACCUCCUAGCAUCCAGUCUCCAGCACCCAACACAGUGGUGCUGCCUGCACCCCCGGCACCUCCGGCUUCUCCCAGGCCCUCUGUGCGCAGGUGUGACUCGAACCCAUGCUUCCGAGGCGUCCGAUGUACUGACACAAGAGAAGGCUUUCAGUGUGGGCCCUGUCCCAUAGGCUACACAGGAAAUGGAAUCACCUGUUCGGAUAUUGAUGAGUGUAAAUAUCAUCCCUGCUACCCGGGCGUGCGCUGUGUGAACUUGGCUCCUGGCUUCAGAUGUGAUGCCUGCCCAGUAGGAUUCACAGGGUCAAUGGUUCAAGGUGUUGGGAUCACUUUUGCCAAGUCCAACAAGCAGGUCUGCACUGAUAUUGAUGAGUGUCGAAAUGGAGCUUGUGUUCUCAAUUCUAUCUGCGUUAACACCUUGGGAUCUUAUCGCUGUGGGCCUUGUAAACCAGGGUACACGGGUGACCAGGCAAGAGGAUGCAAAUCGGAAAGAAGUUGCAGAAAUCCAGAACUGAACCCUUGCAGUGUGAACGCGCAGUGCAUUGAAGAGAGGCUGGGGGAUGUAACCUGUGUGUGUGGAGUCGGUUGGGCCGGCGAUGGGUAUGUCUGUGGAAAGGAUGUGGACAUUGACAGUUACCCUGACGAAGAGCUGCCAUGCUCUGCCGUCAACUGCAAGAAGGAUAACUGCAAGUUUGUGCCGAAUUCUGGCCAAGAAGACGCCGACAGAGAUGGCGUUGGAGAUGCCUGCGAUGAAGAUGCUGAUGGAGACGGGAUCCUGAACGAGCAGGAUAACUGCAUCCUGACUCAUAAUGUGGACCAAAGGAACAGUGAUAAAGACAUCUUUGGUGAUGCCUGUGAUAACUGCUGGACAGUCCUAAAUAACGACCAGAAAGAUACUGAUGGGGACGGGAAGGGGGAUGCCUGUGAUGAUGACAUGGAUGGAGACGGAAUAAAAAAUAUUCUAGACAACUGCCAGAAAGUUCCCAAUCAUGACCAAGAGGACAAGGACGGCGAUGGUGUGGGGGAUGCCUGUGACAGUUGUCCUGAUGUCAGCAACCCUAACCAGUCUGAUGUGGAUAAUGAUCUGGUUGGGGACUCCUGUGACACCAAUCAGGACAGUGAUGGAGACGGGCACCAGGACAGCACAGACAAUUGCCCCACCGUCAUUAACAGUUCUCAGCUGGACACUGAUAAGGACGGCAUCGGCGAUGAGUGUGACGACGAUGACGACAACGAUGGCAUCCCGGACCUGGUGCCUCCAGGACCAGACAACUGCCGACUGGUCCCCAACCCACGCCAGGAGGAUAGCAACAGUGAUGGGGUGGGAGAUAUCUGUGAGACCGACUUUGACCAGGACCAGGUCAUUGAUCGGAUCGAUGUCUGCCCGGAGAAUGCCGAGGUCACCUUGACUGACUUCAGGGCCUACCAGACUGUGGUCCUAGAUCCUGAAGGGGAUGCCCAGAUUGAUCCAAAUUGGGUGGUUCUGAACCAGGGCAUGGAGAUUGUGCAGACCAUGAACAGCGACCCUGGCCUGGCAGUGGGGUACACGGCUUUUAAUGGAGUUGACUUUGAAGGGACUUUCCACGUGAACACCCAGACAGAUGAUGACUACGCUGGCUUUAUCUUUGGAUACCAGGAUAGCUCCAGCUUCUACGUAGUCAUGUGGAAGCAGACGGAGCAGACCUAUUGGCAAGCCACCCCGUUCCGAGCAGUCGCAGAACCGGGCAUCCAACUCAAGGCGGUGAAGUCCAAGACGGGCCCGGGCGAGCAUCUCCGGAAUUCCCUGUGGCACACUGGGGACACCAGCGACCAGGUCCGGCUGCUGUGGAAGGACUUCAGAAACGUAGGCUGGAAGGACAAAGUGUCCUAUCGCUGGUUCCUGCAGCACAGGCCCCAGGUGGGCUACAUCAGGGUGCGCUUCUUUGAAGGCUCUGAGUUGGUGGCUGACUCUGGGGUCACCAUAGACACCACCAUGCGUGGCGGCCGGCUUGGCGUUUUCUGCUUCUCUCAAGAAAACAUCAUCUGGUCCAACCUCAAGUAUCGCUGCAACGACACCAUCCCAGAGGACUUCCAAGAGUUUCAAACCCAGAAUUUCGAUCGCAUGGAUAACUAAGCCAAGGAAGAGAGCCAUACUGCUUUUCCAGACACUAAAGCCGUAUAUGUUUUAAUGUCCUGUGAUUUUAUAUAUACACAUUGUGGUUUGCUUUUACCAAUGCAGAUAUAUGAAAAUGCUGUAUAUGAAUAUGGCAAUAAA